AUGGCUCGCAAGAACAAGAGCCAUGGCUCCAACUGGAAGAGCCAGGCGGCGGCGGCCGCCAUUGUGGAUUCCCAGUCCUCAUCCCCUGUACCUCCGGUGGCCUCGCAGCUCUCUGAUACAGACGUUAUCACCACUUCUCGUUUUCUCUUCCCUCUCCCAAGGAAUCCAACACAGACCCGAGAAAUCCCACCGCAGCGUGCAACCGCCGUCCCCUUCCACAUGUCAGAUCUGACUGCUGUGAGAGUCGUCGGCAACGCCACCGAGUUGGCGUGUCGGGCGCCGGUCUUCCCCAGGAACACGGUUCCUGCGCAGCCACAGCUCGGGAGGAGCAGGAGCUCCAACAGCGAUCUCCCUCGAGGAAGCGAAGACAUCUUCAGGAACGUGUCGGCCACCGUUGGCGAUGUUGUUUCGGAGAUCAUGAUCAUGAUGGAUCAAUCGGGACUGGACGGCACGUCGUGGUUGAAGGAGAACAUGGAUGGCGUACACUCCUGCUACCUCAAGAUGAUGGCGAGGGAGAGGUUGCGUCAGGCGGGCGAUAGGGUAGUGGACGAGCCAGACGCCGUGGAUCCCAUCAAAGGGGUCUACGGCAUGGCUUCGAGGUGGCUGGAAGAGAAGCUUAAGCUGGAGCAAAGCGUUAAAGGGGGCGGCGGACAAGGUAAAGCAGGUCGCUGAGUGUGGUAUUUAUCGCCUCUGGAGCGUUACUGCUUGCUUCUGAUCUGGAUAAGAAGAGGCACAUUUUUACUAGCUAAAUAAAAGGCAUUAAAAGAAGAGAAAUCUAUUUCUAGGGUAUGAAGAAUCCGGAAUCAAAAACCAGGCUUGAGCUAACGAGCCGAGCUCUUUCUGAUGAGCUCUGA